UACACCAGUCUCAACACCAUUGAUUUACUUGCUAUUGCUUUUAUUAUUAUUUCUAUUACGUACGUACCUACCAACAGUCAGGCUCAGUCCAACAGUUACACCUCACUAUCCUGAGCCAUCGUAUCUUCCGCGAUGCUUUCUACGAGGCCCCGCGUGCUAUUGUCGCCGGCUUUGCUGCAAACCGGAUCCCUUCUGAUAUUCUUCCCUUCCUUAUCACGCUUCUGGAACUUACUGAGAUCCCGUAUACCUAUGGAAAUAUUAUUAUAAACAUGCAAGACCGCUUACAGAGAAACAUAGAAGAAACCAACGCCGCGUCCCUCGUCGAUUUCUCGCUGUCAGAUUACACGUUCAUAAGUAGACAAUAUGCGGCUUCCGAGUCGCUAGCACAAAGCCUAGCAGAUAAGGUGACCCCUAUUCUCGCAGGAGGGGCAGGAUAUUGGCCCGAGGAUGACCUAGACUUUAGUAGGAUUAAUGAGCUAAAUGGGGAAAAGAAAAGGGAGCUCCUGGAUAAAUGGCAAACCGAGGUAUCCCUAGCACAACUUUCGCUACUUGACCUUGAUGACGACUAAACGAGGAGAAACUUCUCAUAAAAUAAAGGGGGAGCUACCCAGAUCUACAUCUAGUUUACUACUGUUACAUAAGAUAAGUGUCCAAGCGAUAUAUACGGUAUUGGCCUAGAGACUAUGCCAACAAAUUUGUUCCUGUGUAUAGAGUUGGCGAGUAUUUUAACCCUCUGAGGCUAGAUACAGUUCGAUAUAAAUGAUUUCUCGUAUGUGAACUGAAGAAAACACCAUGAAAAUUCAGCUUCCCUUUAUUAGUAAACCUUUAAAGAAAGCAGGAUAAUUUCAGGGGAAACCAGAGAUCAUUGUA